AUGGCAAAAACGACACAAGAGUGGCUUGAAAACAGUGUUCCAAAUUGUAUUAAGGCAUCUGAUUGGCCUUCCGCAAGCCCGGAUUUAAGCCCUAUCGAUUAUGGGUUAUGGAGCAUUUUAGAGGAGAGAGCGUGUAAAAAACGACACGUAAAUUUGGAGUCGCUCAAACGAAGCAUUGCGAAGGCAGCGGCAGAAAUUCCGUUGGAAACGAUUCUUACUUGUAUUGAACAGUAUGGCCGAAACGUUUACGUCGUUGUAUUGAAAACGAAGUGCGACAUUUUGAAUAAUUUAUAUAUGGUUACAAUUGUAAUUAGUUAUGCUAUUCAAAUAUAUUUAUAA